CACGAAAAUGCAAACCAAUCUCAGAAAGACUGGACUUUAAAUGACCAAACCGAUGAUGGACAUCCAUCGUUACCUCUGGCUUUUCUCCAUAAUCACCUCCUGUGCAGGUUCAGGUUCAGGUUUCAAUGAUAAUCCAGCUCUUGAUCCCAGGUUCUACAACACCGACUGGAUGAAGUCGAUACCUGAUGACACUCCGGUGUCUGCUAUCUCCAUUCCUGGAUCACAUGAAAGCUUGUCGUUGUACGGCGGACCUCUCGCUGUGUGUCAGGUGUGGACUUUGGACAAGCAGCUGAAAGUGGGAAUCCGGUAUUUUGACGUGCACGCUGGGAUUUGGCUGCCUAACCAAAAAAGCAUUAACAUUCGGGACAGUCACUGGAUGUUUUAUCAACAUGUUGAAUUUGAUGGAGUCCUCAGAGACAUUUUUAACUUCUUAAAUCGCCACAACAGAGAGACUGUGCUUUUAAAAGUGACGUUUCAUGGGUUGUACAGGGAGAAAGUUGUGCUGUUGAUGAAGAAGUUAACUAAAAAGUUUCAAACUAGAAUAUGGACCAAGUUGUCGGUGCCAAACAUGCAGCAGGCAAGAGGCAAGAUCGUGUUCCUCCAGAGUGAAUCCUUCCACACCGGAACAGAAAACCAUAAAUCCUUUUUCUUUCAAUAUAACAGACUGCAAAAUGUUGAAGAAAAAAUAAAGCACAUCAAGCCUCACCUCUGUGAUCAUCACGUUGUGCUGACUGAGACCAAAGCAUCAGUUCUCAAAAGCCCGAAAACGUUGGCUCGAACUGUCAACAAGGAGCUUCAUAGCUUAGUGGUGCAACAUAAGAAAAGCUCCUUAAACCGAGGCUGUCUGGGUGUUUUCAGUCUGAGCUUCCCCAGUGCUGAUCUGAUCAAAGACAUCAUUCAGCUCCCACAGUGUGAC